AUGACCAAAAUCUCUAGUAAGGAAGCUGUUGAAUUAGAAAGUACCUACGGUGCACACAAUUAUCAUCCUCUCCCAGUCGUGUUCUCAGAGGCAAAGGGUAUCUGGGUAUGGGAUCCUGAGGGUAAGAAAUACAUGGACUUCUUGUCCGCCUAUUCUGCUGUCAAUCAAGGUCAUUGUCAUCCCAAGAUUGUCAAAGCUUUGUGCGAUCAAGCUCAAAAAUUGACCUUGUCAUCCAGAGCCUUCUACAAUGACGUUUAUGGUGAAUACACAAAGUACAUGAACGCCUACUUUGGUUAUGACAUGGUCCUUCCUAUGAACACUGGUGCCGAGGCUGUUGAAACAGCCAUCAAAUUGGGCCGUAGAUGGGGUUAUGUCAAGAAGGGUAUUCCAGAGAACAAAGCUAUCGUUUUGAGUUGUGAAAACAAUUUCCACGGCCGUACAGUGGGUGUGAUCUCUAUGAGUACUGAUCCUGAUUCAUACGCUGGUUUCGGCCCCUAUUUGCCUUUGGUUGGCCCUGUUGUCCCCGAAGCCAAGACCACCAUCCGCUAUAACAACUUGGAAGAUCUCGAAAAGGUAUUGAAUAUCGUCGGCGAGCAAGUGGCUGCCUUUUUGGUCGAGCCCAUUCAAGGCGAAGCUGGUAUCAUGGUUCCCGACGAUGGCUAUUUGAAGAAGGCAUAUGAGCUUUGUAAAAAGCACAAUGUUUUGUUCAUUGCUGAUGAAAUUCAAACUGGUCUUGGUCGCACAGGAAAAAUGCUUUGUGUAGAUCAUGAUGAAAUCCGUCCAGAUGUGGUUCUUCUUGGUAAAGCUCUUUCAGGAGGUGUCUACCCGGUUUCUGCCGUUUUAGCAGAUCGCGAUAUUAUGUUAUGUAUCAAGCCUGGAGAGCACGGCUCUACCUACGGUGGUAACCCUCUUGGUUGUGCUGCUGCCAUUGCUGCUUUGGAUGUCAUCAAGGAAGAGAAAUUGGUCGAGAAUGCCGAAAGAUUGGGUCAAAAGUUCAGGGAAGAGCUCAUCAAAUUGAACUCACCUUUAAUUGAGACAGUGCGUGGCCGUGGGUUAUUAAACGCCAUUGUGAUCGAUCAAUCCAAAUCCGAAAGAAGUGCCUGGGAACUCUGUUUACUGCUCAAAGCCAGAGGAUUGUUGGCUAAACCCACACAUGUAAACAUCAUUCGCUUGGCACCUCCUCUUGUCAUUACAGAAGAAGAGAUGAUGCAAGGUGUUGAGAUCAUUGCUGGUGCCCUCAGAGAUAUUGCUACUAUGAAGGCAUCUGAUAUCCCCAACGAACUUGGCUGUUAA